AUGCCCCCCAUCUACCACCACGGUCACGCUCCCUCCCAAACCCUCCACCACUCCUGGCGCACAGUCACCAACUCAGCCCCUCACUUACUCCCCCAUCUCGCCCGACUCUCCUCAACCUCCUCAUCAUUCCCAAUCCGUGUCCUUGACAUAGGCUGCGGCCCCGGCACGCUGUCCGCCUCCCUCGCCAAACACCUUCCCCCAACAGCAAGGAUCGUCGCAACAGAUAUCUCCGAUGAUGUGCUUGCUCGGGCGAGGGAACAUGCCGUGAGGGAGGGGUUAGCAGAGAUGAUGGAGUUUGUCAAUGCAGAUGUGUGUUACCUUCCCUUUAAGGACGGGGAGUUUGAGGUUGUGCAUGCGCAUCAAGUUUUAUGCCACAUAGAGGACCCAGUUAAAGCGAUCAAGGAGAUGGUAAGGGUAGUGAAGAAGGAAGGGGGCAUUAUUUCGCUGAGGGAGGCGGAUGUGAGGAACUGGCAUUGCUGGCCUGAGCUGGAAGGGCUAAGGAAGAUGGAGAUGUUGAUGAGGGAGGUGAUGAAGGCUGAUGGGGGGCAUCCGGAGGCCGGUAUGAGGUUGGUUGAGUGGUGUGUUAAGGCUGGUGUGAAAAAGAGCAGGAUUGACAUGGGGUUUGGGUCAUGGUGUUUUGCAAAGGAGGAGGAUCGGAGGAUGUGGGGAAUGGCCAUGAUUGAGCGGCUAAAGGCAGGACAUCUGCGACGCAAGUCCCUCGAGCUGGGGAUCACGACCGAAGAGGAGAUCGAGGGGAUCAUUCGGGACUGGGAGAGCUUUAUGGCAACGGAGACAGCCACUCUAGGGAAUGUCAACGGGGAAGUCACCAUUCGUGUUUGA